AUGGAAAUCACAGCUUUACUGCUCCUUGUGGUGGUUGCUCAGUCAUUUGCUAUGCCUCUGUCAUCGCCGGAGGAGACUGACAAGUGGCUAUUAGCCGAGGUUAGCCAAUUAAAGCUGUGGGUCUGAUGUCCUUUUGUUUAUCAAUGUCUGUUUGGUGCACUGAAUAUUGAUGUUUUUAAUAUUGAUUUUACAGUUAUCCUUAUACUCGAAGUAAGGAUAAAUGCAAUCAUUUAUAGUAUAAACAAAAUUAUCAUUGUUUUAUUUAAACAAAAUUGUUAAUUGCAGACAAAAAGCCAGACGAUGUUGAAAUACUAUAACCCCUCAAAUUGAACCCUGUGUUUCUCUUAUGGAUUUGCUCCUUAAAUGACCACAUUUAAAUGACAUCCAUUCCAUAUGACCAUUCUUCAACAGCUCCAUGUCUUCAAGGUGUUAACUUAUGAUAUUGUUUUCCUCUUAAGAAAUACCUCCGCAGGUUCUACCACCUUGGAGCUGGACUGCAGGGAACACCAACCCACAGGUCGUCAGACAACAUGCAGGCUAAGAUCAAGGAGAUGCAGUCCUUCUUCAACCUCAAGAUGACGGGGAGCCUGGACGCUAACACCCUGGAACUGAUGAGCAUGGCCAGGUGUGGUGUCCCUGACGUGGAGGAAUACAUCCACUUCCCCCGACACCUCAAAUGGCAGAACACCAACGUGUGCUUCAGGUGAGGCUUCUCAAACACUCUGGGUCAUAGAGUGUGUCAUAAACCUAAUUUGGUCAUUUUUGAUUGUAUUGGUGUAAUAAUGUUAAUUUACUGCACAUGCACCACAUGACCUUGGAUACAAUGGAUAUGAUCAGCUUUAAUUUCUUUGGAUAAAACUUGUUAAGUCUCUCUUGAAUGAAGAUAUGUUUCCUCUCUCUUGAAUGGUCCUUCAGAAUAAUGAAAUAUACUCCUGAUCUGAAGAAGGCUGAUGUGGACAGAGCUAUUCGUAAUGCCUUCAACAUCUGGGCUGACGUCACUCCUCUGACCUUCAAGAAACUGCAUGAGGGGAAGGCUGACAUCAUGAUAGCAUUUGAGACAAAAGGUAGACCCAUUUCUUUAUUCUGUCCUACAGUUGAUACAUUUCUGUCAGUAAGACUAUACAGAAUACAUGGAGAAUAUCUUGAUUAAUUUGAUCAUCUUACUGUAGUUUUGUUCAACAUUCAGUGAUCAUUGUUUAGAGUUGUGCAAUACCCCAUCAUAGAAGAAAUUGACUGAAUGCUGGCUUGCUGGCAACACUUACUGAAACCAUCCUCAAACUUAAUUUUUUUCCUGCCCUUUCCUUGUCUUUAGAACAUGGAGACUUCAACCCCUUUGACGGCCCUGACGGUCUCUUAGCCCAUGCCCAUCCCCCUGGCAGAGACAUUGGAGGAGACACACACUUUGAUGAAGAUGAACAUUGGUCAAAAGACUCAGACUGUAAAUAUUUGGUACAUUUAUGUAGGGGAUCAAGGAAAAUGUAUGACAUUUAAUCAAUGAUUAUUUACUGACAUAUUGCCUCCCCUGUAGCCUACAAUCUUUUCCUGGUGGCCACCCAUGGGUUUGGCCAUGCCCUUGGCUUGUCCCAUUCUUCUGAUCCUGGAGCUCUGAUGUACCCAGUCUACUCCUAUGGCCAGGGUUACCCACUGUCUGUGGAUGAUAUCACCGGCAUUCAAGCUCUUUAUGGUCAGUGUUCCACUUAUUAACCCAAACAGAAAUAGUUAGAGAAAAUGAAAUAAUUCAUAUAAUUCUACCCACUGGAGUCAUAUUUUGAAAUGUUCAUUAUGCGGUUCAAUUCUAUAGGCCCAAACCCCAAUCACAGAAAAGUGAAGCCCAAGCCAGAUGUCCCAAACAAAUGUGAUCCCAUGUUGAGUUAAUGCUGUUACUGAGCUCAGAGGAGAAGCAAUCAUCUUCAAAGACAGGUAGGGAGUGUGUCCAUUCGUGAAAAAACACACCUGUCUAUAUAAGUUCCCACAGUUGACAGUGCAUGUCAGAACAAAAACCAAGCUAUGAGGUCGAAGGAAUUGUCCGUAGAGCUCCGAGACAGGAUUGUGUCGAGGCACAGAUCUCUGGGGAAGGGUACCAAAAAAUUUCUGCAGCAUUGAAGGUCCCCAAGAACACAGUGGCCUCCAUCAUUCUUAAAUGGAAGAAGUUUGGAACCGCCAAGACUCUUCCUAGAGCUGGCUGCCUGACCAAACCGAGCAAUCGGGGGAGAAGGGCCUUGGUCAGGGAGGUGAUGGUCACUCUGACAGAGCUCCAGAGUUCCUCUGUGGAGAUGGGAAAACCUUCCAGAAGGACAACCAUCUCUGCAGCACUCCACCAAUCAGGCCUUUAUGGUAGAGUGGCCAGAAGGAAGCCACUCCUCAGUAAAAGGCACAAGCCCGCUCUGAGUUUGCCAAAAGGCACCUAAAGGACUCUCAGACCAUGAGAAACAAGAUUCUCUUGUCUGAUGAAACCAAGAUUGAACUCUUUGGCCUGAAUGCCAAGCGUCACGUCUGGAGGAAACCUGGCACCAUCCCUACGGUGAAGCAUGGUGGUGGCAGCAUCAUGCUGUGGGGAUGUUGUUCAGCGGCAGGGACUUGGAGACUAGUCAGGAUCGAGUGAAAGAUGAACGGAGCAAAGUACAGAGAGAUCCUUGAUGAAAACCUGCUCCAGAGCAAUCAGGACCUCAGACUGGGGCAAAGGUUCAACUUCCAACAGGACAAUGACCAUAAGCACACAGCCAAGACAUUGCAGGAGUGGCUUCGGGACAAGUCUUUGAAUGUCCUUGAGUGGCCCAGACAGAGCCCGGACUUGAACCUGAUCGAACAUCUCUGGAGAGACCUGAAAAUAGCUGUGCAGCAACGCUCCCCAUCCAACCUGACAGAGCUUGAGAGGAUCUGCAGAGAAGAAUGGGAGAAACUCCACAAAUACAGGUGUGCCAAGCUUGUAGCAUCAUACCCGAGAAGACUCGAGGCUGUAAUCGCUGCCAAAGGUACUUCAACAAAGUACUGAGUAAAGGGUCUGAAUACUUAUGUAAAUGUGAUAUUUUUAUACAAAAACCUGUUUUUGCUUUGUCAUUAUGGGGUAUUGUGUGUAGAUUGAUGAGGGAAAAAAACAAUUUUAUCAAUUUUAGAAUAAGGCUGUAAUGUAACAAAAUGUGAAAAAAGUCAAGGGGUCUGAAUACUUUCCGAAUGCGCUGUACAUGCUGGCAACACUGUUCGCAUAGUCAUCUGUCGUUCUGAAUAUGCAAUUACAGUUCUGCUUUGCUCAUUUCCGUCAGGUGUACAGCAGAAUCUAAUAAAAUUGAUGUUGGUGCAAGAGGCAAAGGUUAAUUUUGUUGACAAAUGUUCAUAUUUUUUCCAGGUAUUAGAAUGUGGGCCCUGAACGGCUACAGCCUGGUGGAGGGCUACCCUAAAUAUAUCCAUAAACUGGGACUCCCCAAGACCGUGUGGAUGGUGGAUGCUGCUGUUUACAUCCCAGACACCGGCAAGACCCUUCUGUUCUCUGAAGAGCAUUACUGGAGGUAGGACGGUAUGGUCUAGUCUGGUCUGGACUCGUCAGGCUAGGUCUGGACUGGUCAGGCUAGGUCAGGCUUGCUCUGGACUGGUCUGGCUUGGUCUGGACUGGUCUGGUUGAGAGAUCUUAUCUGCAAAUAUAACUGUUCAUUAGAGGUUAUAGUCUUGGUUGUGUCUUAUUGACAGUUAUGAUGAGAAGACUAACAAUGGACAGUGGCUUCCCAAGAUCCAUUGA